AUGAAACUACACCAAACCAAGUCAGAAGCCUGUAAAGCAAGUAUCGAGGCUGCCACACCACCUCUCCCGCCGCCUCCACCACCUGCAGUGCGUCGACGUAUUCCAUGUAGGCCCAGAAAGAAGUGCUCCGCUAGGCGACCAAGAUCCACACAAUCUCCUGCCUCUGAAAGUGAUGUGUCUACUACUGCCUCCCCUACAACUCCUAUCAGACCUACGACUCGCCGCAGCAGGACUACAAGGUCAAAUUGGCCACGCCUGGAUGAAGCUCAGCAACCAAGGGGUGCCCAUUCCCUGGAGCAACCCCCUGUGAUUUCCACCAGCCCUGCUGCUGCUCCCAACAUCAGGACAGUCCUUUCCACCUAUCCAACUACUGAUCGUACGCCUCCAGCUCAGCACCCUCCUCCUGAGGACGAAGGUAACUUACCUACUCAUCCGAUAACCACUUGUGUCUCUUUACCAGUUCCCGAACCACAGCUUCCCAGCCCAGCGCCUGUCCCUGACGACGACUCAGCUCCUCAGGACAGCCAGCACAGUGAAGGUGAUCCCCGUCAUGGGUUAGUGCCUAGAUGUCACGCUUCGACUCUGUCAUCGAUGAAGAUAUGCUGGAAGUUGUCCUCAAAGACUUUCUCAACCUCACUCACCAGAUCUGCAGCAUCCAGAGCCCACGGAAGCCGUCUCGUCCCCGACGACCGAAUCCCAUGCCACGCCAACCUCCUCGUUCAGACGCCGGCGAACUACAACGCCUAUACAAGGCCAACAGAAAGCGCGCCUUUGACAGAGCUGUGGGUGGCCCCCCAAGGUAUUGUGACGUUGACUCCUCCACCAUAUACAACCACUUUAAACAAAUGUACGAACGUCCUCCAUCCGACAACAUUGCUCCAGUUCCUGCGACAUGCCUCACUCCACCAACUACGAACAACCCUUUCGAGGACCCCUUCACGCCGCAAGAGGUGGCAAUUCGGAUUUCUAAGGGACACAAUACGGCUCCAGGACCCGAUAACAUCCGUUACCACCACUGGAGAAGGGUGGACCCCAAAGGUAGGAUUAUCUCAUCCAUUUUCAAUGCUGUUUCCAGAACUGGCUAUGUCCUAA